AUGAAUUUAGAACUUGUAACGAAUACCGAAGUGGUACACAAGCAAGUGUAUUGCGGUCAUCCUUCAGGUAAUAACGGGGAAAAUGAACCUGCAGAAAUUACAUAUCCUACUACAGAGGUUGUAGGACAUGGUUCAUUUGGUGUUGUUUUCACUACUACUAUAAAGGAGACAGACGAGGAUGUAGCUAUAAAGAAAGUUUUACAAGAUCGUCGUUUCAAAAAUCGAGAAUUGGAAAUUAUGAAGUUGCUUAAGCACCCUAAUAUAAUUGAUUUGAAAUAUUACUUUUAUGAAAAGGAUUCCCAUGGUGAAGUUUAUCUUAAUCUGAUAUUGGAUUACAUGCCUCAGUCAUUAUAUCAGCGACUGAGGCACUUUGUACACAUCCCAAGUGCAAUGCCAAGAUUGGAGAUUAAGUGCUACAUGUAUCAGCUGUUCAAAUCAUUGAAUUAUCUGCAUAAUUUUGCAUUAGUUUGUCAUAGAGAUAUUAAACCUCAAAAUUUAUUAGUGGAUCCAAACACAUGUGCUCUGAAAAUCUGUGAUUUUGGGUCUGCAAAACAGUUAAAACCAACGGAACCGAACGUUUCCUACAUUUGCUCUCGUUAUUAUAGAGCACCAGAGUUAAUCUUUGGAGCUACUCAUUAUUCAAAUCAGAUUGAUGUCUGGUCAAGUGGAUGUGUUAUGGCAGAACUACUUUUAGGUCAACCGAUGUUUCCAGGUGAAAGUGGUAUCGAUCAAUUAGUAGAAAUUAUAAAAAUUUUAGGUACACCUUCGCGUCAAGAGAUAUGUGCUAUGAACCCAAAUUAUAUGGAACAUAAAUUUCCUCAAAUUAAACCAAUUCCUCUUUCUAGGGUCUUUAAGAAGGAAGAUGAGCAAACAGUUCAAUUUCUAGCCGACACUCUAAAAUAUGAUCCCAUGGAAAGAUUUAACGCAUUGCAAUGUCUAUGUUCUUCUUAUUUUGAUGAAUUACGUCACGCUCAAGGUCAAUUAAAACAAAUUGUAGACUCAUUACAACUAUUACAAUUUGAAUAUGAUACAGAAUUGGCCCAUCUGACACAGGAUCAAUUGGAGGCUGUCAGGUUAAAAUUGCAACCAACGCAGAUACGAUGA